AUGUCGUCAUUGCCUCAGCCCUUUGGGGUGCGAGCGAUGAUCUGGGCAAUACUGUCAAGUCCAUGGCUUGUCGCCGCCUUUGCCGCUUCGGAAAGCAGAAUCUACAACGAUUUGGUGCUGCAUGAGGAGCGGGUUGGUGGGGGUAUGGAUUGGAGUAAGGGUGGGAGGGUGCAGGGGGGUUUGGUUCUGCCGUUGCGGAUUGGGCUGAAGCAGAGGAAUUUGGAGAAUGCGGAGAAGUAUGUUUGGGAUGUUGCGGAUCCGGAUUCGCCGAAUUAUGGUAGACAUUGGACUGCUCAACAAGUUGCGGAGACGUUUGCACCCGCCAAGGAGUCUGUUGAUGCUGCUAUGCACUGGCUGGAAGAGCAUGGUAUUGUCCCGAACCGCACGCGGCAGAUCAAUGGCUGGAUCAAGGUCAAUGCUACGGUUGCUGAGGUGGAGAAUCUGCUGAAGGCGGAGUAUCAUGUCUUCAAGCAUGUUGAGGGAGAUGUCAAGCGUGUUGCUUGCGAUGGAUACAGCUUGCCGAGGGACUUAAGGGAGCAUAUUGAUUUUGUCAUGCCGACUACACAGCUUGAUGGACCACGACGACCUUCGGUGAGCGGCAGAGACGCAGAUCUUCUGGACACGGGCAUUCAUGACUCGCACAGCUCAGAUCGAUCAGAGUUGGUACCGGUUCAUGACCAAAAGAACACCGCGCUAACAAACUCGCUCGAAAUACCGGAUCUUCCGCCGUGGGCACAGGGCCUUACUGGUUUGGAAAACUGCCACAAGUUGAUCACCAUCGACUGCCUUCGAGCACUGUACAACUUCGGUUCAGCCAAUCACAGUGACGAGAUGAACCAGCUUGGCCUGUUCGAAUCCAACGGUCAGCAAGAUAAGUGUGGCCAUUAUACGUUCUGUGCUAACGCCGCCCAGAUGAUGUCUACCUGCCGGAUCUGA